CAACAACAAAUCGGUGUUUUAGCCCAACGCUAACGUAGCGUUCACGCUUGUGAUUUUUCUGUGUUAGUGUGGAAGCUAGUUGCUGGAAGAAAUGUCCGGAAAGGCCAAAGACAUCCUACAGAUGGACCUGUAUGGUUUACUCGGCAUUGAAAGCUCUGCUACAACGAAAGAGAUCAAGAAAGCUUAUCGACAAAAAGCCUUGACAUGCCAUCCAGACAAGAACCCAGACAAUCCAAAAGCAGUGGAGCUCUUCCACCAAUUGUCCCAGGCUCUUGAGGUGCUAACGGAUGCUGCUGCCAAGGCUGCCUAUGAUAAGAUUUGUGCUGCUAAGAAACAAGCAGAAGAAAGAAACAGGAAACUAGAUGACAAGAGGAAGAAAAUUAAGCUAGACUUGGAGGCCAGAGAACGACUAGCAGAAACUCAGACCCAGGAGGAGGUGCAAAUCACACGAACACUUGAAGAAGAGAUUGCCCGUUUGAGAGAGGAAGGCUCCAGGCAGCUAGAGGAGGAACAGAGACUCAUCAGAGAGCAGAUCCAGAGGGAGAGAGAAGCACAGGGGCAGCAGACAGGAGGCUACACUCAGAGAAACUCAGGAGUGGAGAGGUGUUCACAGAGCAGUGUGACCCCCAAAUUAAAGCUUAAGUGGAAGUGCAAGAAAGAUGAUGAGACAAAUGGAGGCUACUCUCAAGAGAUUCUUUUCAGACUUCUACAAAAGUACGGGGAUGUUUUAAAUGUGAUCGUCUCCAGUAAGAAGAAAGGAAGUGCUGUGGUUGAAUUUGCAACUGUAAGAGCAGCUGAGCUUGCAGUGAAGAAUGAAAGUGGCCUGAGUGAAAACCCGUUGAAGAUAUCCUGGCUUGAGGGACAGCCCGAGGUUAUCAACACAUCAGCUCAACCUGGCCAGUUUGUAUCCUCACAGGGCUCUCUGACCAAUGAACGGGACUACGAGAGCGUGGUGAUGAUGAGGAUGCGGCAAGCAGCUGAGCGACAGAGACUCAUAGAACAAAUGCAGAGAGAAGACGAGGAGGAUGCCGGCUCAUAGCACAGCAGGACCCUGCUCGGUACAAACCUGCAACUAUUAAAUAAAUCAAACUGUUUCAGGCUUUAGUUUCAUAAAGCCUCCUUGGUGUUCUAUUAUGUUUUUAUGUUUUACACUGUGGCCAAAUAAAUCUUUUUAACAGUUAAAA